AUGUUCCAAUCGUAUCCACAGUUAGCCGGCGAAAAGAAAGAAUCAUCCUUAAUCAAGCCAAGCUCAAUGGACGUUGCUAUGACGAGCAUAUGUAUCGACUUGGAGUUGAGAGAUGCUGAUUCAGCGUUGGGACUGCGUUGGAGCCCACUGAAUUCUCUUCACUCUCAUUGGUUCCAGCGUUCACAAGAACUGGUCCAACAUUCAUCUGAAUCAUAUUACUCUUCCUUCCAAACACAACAGUUCAUAAAACAGCAACCAAUUCAACUCUUGACCAACAUGACACAACAAUUGUGGGACGAAUUUUUUGUGAGCUAUAGUUGGUUACCACAUGCAUUCGUGGGACCUGAGCAUGCAUCAUUGGUAGAUGACAUCCAUGAAAGCCCAUUAACCUCUGAAUUUCUUGAAGGUUGCUUGGAUCAUGGUUUCGGUUUCUCUCAAAGCUCAAUAGCUUCUUCCACUGAACAAGUCACCUCUUUGAAUGUACAACCUCCAACAUUGAACAAUGACGAAUCAAAAGGAGAUCGCACGUACACAGGCACACAGGUCGCGACAAGAAAAUCAACAUCAGCCGCAUGGAUGACCUCCUAUCAUCCACCAAUGAAAUUCACCUACUAUUUUGAUCAUAACAACUCCUUUUUGACCCCAACCUAUUCAGUCAAACAAAAUUCAAGCGUAUGUUUGAACAACCAUCCACAUCCCAAGAAGCUAGUUUUCGUCAAAGAUCAUGGUCAAAAGGCCAAAAUUUCAAAAAAGAAAAGAAAGAACAGCAAUCAAAUCGCCUCAAGUCUUAAUAGCAUCGCCACCGGAAAUACUGCAAAAAAAAAGAAUUCCAAAGGUCCAGUCUUCGAACUAGGGCAUAACAUGUUUGAGGAAAUGCGAAAAGAGGGCCAAUUAUUGUCCAAGGCCAAUCCAAGCGAUCGAAUGCAUGUUCUCGAGUCAAGAGCUUUGAUCGAAGAAUAUUUCUAG